AUGACGCCGAAACGGUUUCAAUUCAAAAUCGAGGAAUUGCCCGACAUGGCACAGUCGCUCGUGCUCCGCAACUUUAACGAACGCGACUUGUAAGUGUCGGAUUUUCACGAUUUUGUGGCGAAAAAGUGAACGCUGUUGUGCAGAAUGUGCUUCUCGGUUUGCGACGCGAAAUCGGUGGAUCUGGUGAAGAACGCCGAGAUACGCACGAAAAAGUUUCACGUCGGACUCGGACAAAUCGAGUUUCUGUUCUCGACACGCCUCAACGCGUCGCUCGUUUGGAGGUUCAACGAAGUGAAACAAGAGCCGAAAGAGAAGACUAUAAAGGUAGAUUUCGAGAGCCUAAAAUGGACUAAAGUGCUCAGGUAAUUUUCGGCAAGUGGUGGUGAGCAUGUGUCACGCGCGCAUCCGGCAUGGCAUCAGCACGGAUAGGGCGCGUGCACCCGAAACGAUACUAUUCUGCACUCUAAACAUCCCGAUUUUGCAGGAAAUCAUCAAAAACGUGCGCGAGAACAAGGAGCAGCACUGGAUCACCGACUGCGCCGACAUGGACGUGGCCAUGUCGACGGUCGUCGGAUACCUUUUCGAACUGUUCCGCUCAAAAGUCACCUACUACCAUUUCGAUCUUUCCGACGACAAGUCUUGCGUCGAAAAACUCGCACUGCUCGCCAUCGACCACGUGGAAAACAUGGAAAUCUCCGUCUCGAGACUCUUUUGCGAACAGAAUUUGAGAGAGAUUCUCGAGAAUGUGCACAUUGACGAGAGGCUCAAACUCUACUCGAGGUCGCCGCGCAAUUUCAGCUUUUAUGAGGUUAGCAUCAGUGUUGAGCGGAAUUCCGUCUUCCGUCUUCUGUCUUCCGUCUUCCUUCUUCCGUCUUCCGUGGUUUUUUUGUUCCGUCUUCCGUCUUCCGUGAUUUUUUUUGUUCCGUCUUCCGUCUUCCGUAAAAAAAUUUUUCUUCCGUCUUCCGUCUUCCGGGAUUUUUUCUUCUUACCGUAAAAGAGUAAUGGCUUUUCAGAAGCCAUUUACUAGCCCCGAAGAACGCGAAUUUUCACGGGAAGUGACCAAAAAACCAAAAACCAAAAAACCAAAAACCAAAACCAAAUUUCAAAAAAAAAACCGGAAAAAAAUUCUGCAUUGACGAUUUUUUUGUUCCGUCUUCCGUCUUCCGUUUUCCGUGUUCCGUAAAAGAAAUUUUUUUUCAAAAAAAAAAACCGGAAAAAAAGGUUCUGCAUUGACGAUUUUUUUGUUCCGUCUUCCGUUUUCCGUUUUCCGUCUUCCGUGAGAAAAAUUUGCUUCCGUCUUCCGGAUUUCAAAAUUCCAUUUCCGUUUUCCGCGCAUGAAUCAUUCCCAAUUUCAGCCGCUCCGCGCCAAAUACCUGGAACUGUCGCACGCGAAUUGGCUGACGAACAACAAUUUGCUGACGGCCGACGCGGAGAAGAUCACCGUGUUCCAGUGCAACUUGCAAAUCAGCACCGUCAACGAAUUCAUGCACCGAUGGCUCGCGGGCAAAUAUCCGCGCCUGCAGACGUUCGAGUGGGAGUUCAACAAGAACGAGCAGAAUCCGAGGGACGGCAUCGGGCGGAUGACUCUUAUGAACAAGUUGAAUUUGCACUGUGUCGAUCCGGACAGGCACCACAAGUAUAUCAUGUGAGUGUGAGCGUUUGAAGUGAAACACAUUUGGGUAAUUUUUGGUUUUUUCAGGCCGCUUUUCUACGUCUACACCAACUUGUAAGUCUUUCUUUUACGUAAAAAAGGACUUUGAUACACGGUCUCCUCAGAGCUGACAAUUUUAACAGCAAAAUUUGUGUUUUUUUGCCAGAUUAGCCACGAAAAAUCGAUAAUUUCUCAUUUGUCUCGCGAUAGACCGAUUGUUUAGGCUAUAACGAAUUUUUUAAGCGCAAGAGCGAUAAAUUUGGUCAAGUCGCAAAUCAAAUUUAUCCGUUUGAAGGUUUUUGGCUAAAACUGCGUGAAUUUCAGUUGCUUUUCGGUAAUUUUCGCGGUUCGAGCGCUCAAAAUGCUUGUAUUUACGUGAUUUAUCAUUCUCAAAACCAAUUCUGUCGGAAAACGGUCAAGAAAGCGCAAAAUGAGAAGUGCGGCGAAGGCUAAAAAGCAAAAUCCGCGAAAAAUGCGCCAAAACGUCAUUAAUUCUGAGAAUUAGUGUGUUUUCAUGCCGAACAUGCAUUUUUCAUCGCCUUUGACCACAAAAAUUAGAGAAAACCUGCUGAAUUCAUGACAACGCCAUUUGCCCGAGGCGCCGCCCAUAUUGUCAGCUCUGAAGACCGUGCAUUGAGGCCUCAAGUCUGACCCCAAAAGUGACUGACCUUCUUUAAGCGCUAACUUUGACACUUUUCCGUCGAUGCACUGUAUCUGACGACAUUUUGCACACACACCGUUCCGAAAAACACGUAGCUUUUCCAAUGUUUAUCGAUAGUUUCAGUUGACGAAAAAUUGGACUCUAGCGCACACUUUCCUGACCAUUUUCACAGUUUAUCGACUAGUUUCCUAUACUCUUUAUUUAGCGUAUGACCUGAUAUUAUAUGAGUACCAUAGGAUUUUAUGGCUUAUGGUAGAAAGUAGGCAUUUUCCGGAGAAAAUCACAGAAAAAUCUAAUUUUGCUCAAUUUUAGCCUAAAAUCGCGUGCUGCGCCUUUAAAACUACCGUAGUCCAUUUUUUUCCCGUUUUUGCUCAAUUUCACUCUUGAAAAGUCUGAAAAAAACCUGUUUUCUCUACAAAAUUCAUCCGAAUAAGGCAUUUUUUCGGUGAAAAACCGAACAUUCGUAUUUCUGGCAUAAAACCUGUGCAAAAUCACAAUGUGCCUUAAAAAUUUCAAGUUUUCAGCAGAAAAGUCGUAGUGCGUCUUCAAAUUGUACAUUUUAAGUAAAACAAAUCAAACUAACCUACUAGUUAGAACCUUAAUUCCUUCGAAUUGUGCAUUUUACCGCGAUUACCCGCUAGUUGACGGCAUUUUUCACAGUUUCCAUGGCAACCCCCCCCAGAUAAAGCGCCACACCCUGCGCUUCAGGCUUUCGGAUUUUUCAGAAGAGUAGUCACACAUCAUCUCGACUUUAAAAACGGCUACGACUUGCACCGCGACGACGGCGCCAUCGCCUCCAUUUACGUCGGAAACUCUGAGCUUCUGUUCGUCGUCUGGGGCGACUGGAUCCCCGAGAUUCUUUUGCGAAACACAACGGCCGGUGGAGAAGAGCCGGGAACCAGUGACUAG